AGCUUUUCUUGCUGCCAUUUUUUUUGAGCGCAGGAAGUUCACGCAUUCUGGGAUAUGUAGUUUCCGCUGCCCGCUUUCCAUAUUCCUAUUUCUCGGAGGUCGAAGAAUUGUUGUGUUGUGCAAGGAUGCCUGGCUUUACUUGCUGCGUUCCUGGCUGCUACAGUAAUUCGCAUCGCGAUAAAGGCUUGCACUUCUAUACUUUUCCUAAAGAUCCGGAGCUAAGGUGUCUGUGGCUGAAGAAUGUGUCCCGGGGUGGAGUGUCGGGAUGCUUCAGCACCUUUCAGCCAACUAACGGGCAUCGGGUCUGUAGCUUACACUUUCAAGGUGGCCGCAAAUCUUACAGCAUCAAGGUGCCCACCAUCUUUCCACUCAGAGGUGUUAACGAGAAGAGGACUCGUCGGAGCAGCACAAAGAAGCGACAGCAGCCAAAUUACACACCAGCUGCAACUACGGUUCUAGUGACUGGGCUGCCAGGACAGGAGGAGCAGGAGGUUCUAGAGCUGACAGCUGGAGGUGCUGAAAUGAUGCUACUGGGUACUACAGCAGGCAUGGGUGCAGCUAUAGCAGAUGUAGAAGGGUCUUCUGCUGUUAUGGGAGCUACGAUAGAUGCAAUGGCAACAGCAGCAGAAGGAGGAUCGGCAGCAGCAUCCAAUAUCGCCGUUAAGUUGGAUGUGGGGGAAACACACGCAGUUAAUACUCACUUUUCUACUGAUGCAAGCCAUGGCUCACACCAGCAGCUCCAGGUUGUGGUAGUUGGGGAUGAGCCCUACCCCUCUGCAGAUUGUUGGCCCUCUCCUUUAUGUUCAGACCACUCUUACUCCAUGUCAUCAGGCACCACCACAGAAGAAUUGCUAAGGAAGCUUAAUGAGCAAAGGGACAUCAUAGCUCUGAUGGAAGUUAAGAUGAAAGAAAUGAAAUCUAGCAUAAAACAUUUAAAAGUUACUGAAGUUAAAUUAAGGGAGGAGCUUCGUCAGAAAGACAAAGAUAAAGUCUCGCCAAUGAUAAAAAGUAACUGAAUGAUCUUGCAGUGGUCAAGAUUCAUCACUUGUCAACAUAAGAGGAAAGUGUUUGGACUAAAAUCAAGCACCCUAAUCUUGAUAUGGUUUGUUUUUGUGCUAUAAUGAUAGGUUUUUGGACAGUUGUUCCCUAUGAUCCAGGAAAACUUACCCUGAAUCUGACUGUCUUUCUGCUCUUCGCUGAAACUUUUUUGAAAGGUUCCGAGGUAGACAGUUUGUGGCACUUAAUGAUCAUUUUGCAGAGAGCACGACCAUGUAUAGGAAAACUAUGAAAAUACUAAACUGCCUUUUUUUCCAAACUGGAUUUAUUGAGGACAUUAUAACUGCACCUCUGACGAUAAGUAAAAAAAACCCGAUAAUAACCACUUUGACAAGCCUUUCAUAUAGACAGUAUUGUAGGCUAUUAGAACAUCCUGUAAUGACUGAAAAAAUAUCAAGGAAUAUGUUCGAUAUGGAUAAUGGGAACAACCCUAUUUGUCGAAAGCAACAGGUUCUUUGCAUUUAAUUUUUUUUUCUUCAAAUAAAAUGUUUCUGUAAAAGUGUCCCAUGGUUUUGGGUCUGGAGUUUUUUUUUUUUUUUUGUUUAUCAAGGGCUGAAUGCAGAUUAUUUUUUAUAUAUAGAUAUCCACAUGUCUAUUAAAUCAUUUUGCAUUUCAACUAACCCAUGUCUUUUUAUUACCAACACAAUACUGAUCAUUGAAACAUUAUCCAAAAUACUGUUAGUGAUAAAAUCCUCAAAUGGCACUAUAGAAAAAAAUCCUUUAUAGGAACUGCCAACUAAAAUGCUGAUCCAGUAAUAAAAUGGAUUUUACUA